AUGGCCUUCCCUCUGCCCUCGCAUCUUCCCCGCAAGAAAGAUGCUCGUGAUGUUUCAACCCAAAUCCUCACCCAAGUCUCUGAGACCUCGGCCAAGGCGCUGAGUGCGGAAUUAGCCUCCUCAUGGGUGUCUGAGCUCAACGACACCAUUAGGCAAACAAAGCAACGCAUACACGAGCGCAUCUCCAGCGACCUCCCCGCCUUUGAGAGGCAGCUCGCUUCCUCCAUUGCCGUACAAGAGCGACUCCAUUCCCUGUCCCACAAUGUAGACAGUCUGGAAGAGAGUAUCUCAAACCCUCAGUCAGGUCUCGUACCCACCCUCGUCAACACGCUCACUAGCCAUGCGGCGGUUGCGCAAAACGCCGCGGACGCGCGCGCACGACAUCACGCUCUCGCGCAUUUGCUGCAAAGCAGAAACGAGCUGCGACGUCUGACGCGGUUGGUGGAGAAGGCGGAGCUCGCGGACGCGACGGUUGCUUGCGCUUCGCUGGGGAAGAUGAUCGCGGAGGCUCCGCCACCCCUGCUGAAGAGUGAAGUCAUGGGUGACAUGAAGCGAAGAUGCGCGGCGCUGCAAAACCGGACGGAGGAGCAGCUCUUGGACGCCUACUCGAGGAGUAUAUCGGUUACAGCGUCGGAAAUAGUGGUCAAGUCUUCUGUGCAAGCCGUGCCACCACGCGCAUAUCGCCAUGGACCCUCGCUUCCUACGGCAGUUAAUGGUGAGAACAUGGAUGCCGUGAUUGGUCUCUCCGCCAUCCUGCAGUCGAUGUCACCCUCCACUCUCUCCAUGCACCUAUCUACCCUACGGCGCGACAUAAUUGCACACUGCAUCGAAUAUGUCCUGAAGCAGCCUCUCCAACUACUGCAUGAGAAGACGGAAGAUAUGACGGGCAUGGUGGAGUAUAAACUGUCCCUUCGGCGAGGUCCUCCAAACACCCAUGACCUCACGCUACACCUCGACAACCUGGUAACCACCAUGACCUUCCUCAACGACCACCUCUUCCCCCACCUCCCACCUCCAGAGCGCAAGGCAUUCCCGCUCUCCCUUUGCACCUCCCUUCGUACCGCAAUUCUCAACCAUCUACUCCUCCCUAAUCUGGCCUCGUCUCUUGCUACUUUACCUGCGUUCCUCGACCUCACAAAGCGAGCGGUCGAAAUGGAAGACACGGUGAUCAUGAGGAUGUUCGGGGAGAGCGGCGCCGACCGGGGCAUCAAGUCAUGGGCCGACGCCGUCGGUCACCACUACGAGCGCAAGCGGCGGGCCGACAUCCUGGACAAGGCCCGUGUCGUCGUUGUCGCGCAGUAUGAUGACAGCAGCGCCUUCCGCGUCGACGCGCCUCUUGUUGCUCAGGAGAAGAUCAUCCCCAUUCAGGUCGUCGACGAGCCGGUCGUCGUGAAUGGGAAAGCAGCGGCCGCGAACGGGCAUGCUGAGGAGGUGGGGGCUGUGGCGGACGAUGCGUGGGGCUUCGAAGAGGAACCGGCGAAGAAGACUGACGAGUCUCCGACGGAUGACUGGGGCUUCGAUGACGACCUCGACGCGGAGACGGAAGCUCUUAACCCGAAUCCCCCGGCAGCACCUGCAUCACCGCCUCAGCCUCAGCCUGCGCCCCUACCAGCAGCACCCGCGGAAGAAUCAGCGGAGGACCCCGGCGAUGCAUGGGGCUGGAACGACGACGCUGAAGAGAUUCCUGAUGAGUCCAUUGCGGUCGAGGACGACUCGCCCUGGGACGAUACCUGGGACGAGAAGCCCGUCACUCCGGUCAAGGCACCGAAGCAGGCGAAAGGGUUGGAAAAACGGUUUGGGAACAAGAGUCUACCGACCUCCCCAGUCGCCUCGACGCUUCCAACGAUGUCCGUUCGCGCGGAGACAGCCCCUGCUCCAUCAAGCUCACAUCCUCCUCUCCCAUCCCAGCCAGUACAACCUCCCCACCACGCCCCACCCCCCAUGCUCAAGCCGCUCCAAGUCACGGAGUCGUACGCCGUCUCCGGGCGCACGAAGGCACUGCUCCGCCUCGUCGAAGACGUCCUCCGCGAGGGCGCCGAGCUCGCGGCGUCCGGCACCCUUAGCACGUCCUCCGCCCCGGGCGACAUCGUCCUGCAGGCGGCGCCGAUGGCGCUCGAGCUCUUCCGCGCGCUCGUCCCGGUCACGAACGCGGUGCAGCUCAAGCAGGCGGCGAAGGAGCCGAUGCGGUUCUCGAACGACUGCAUGUUCGUGGGCCAGGAGGUCCGGCGGGUGGUCACGACGCUUGCGGGAACGCAGGUCGCGGCGCGGGGGAAACUGGAGGAGGGUGUGGAGCGGCUGAGGGUGCUGUCUGAGAGUUGGUAUGAGGAUGCUGUAAGCCGCGAGGAGAAGGUGAUUGAGGAGACACUGGAAGAGGCGCGAGGGUUCAUAGACACGCAUCUUCAAGACCGGUACGACGAGUGCGAGAGCGCGGUCAAUGAGGUCUUGCAGCGGAUACGGAGGAUAGCGCCCCAAUGGAAGGCCGUUUUGAUGAAGAGCCGAUACUACGAGGCGCUUGGCACGCUUGUGGAGUGCGCCCUGUCGCGUAUCUUGGGCGAUAUCCUCUCCCUGGAGGACAUCACGGAGACGGAGUCACAUAAGCUCUGCGAGUUGUGUCACAUCAUGAACUCGCUGGAGGGCCUUUUCGUCGAGGAUCCCGAGCAGCCCUCCUUCGUUGUGUCCUACGUCCCUUCGUGGCUCAAGUUCUCAUACCUCUCUGACCUGCUGGAAGCUUCCAUCGCGGACAUCUCGUACCUGUUCGAGGAGGGCGCGCUGGUCGACUUCGAGAUUGAGGAGCUUGUUAAGCUCGUCAAGGCGUUGUUCGCGGACACGCCGUUACGGGCGAACACGAUACAACGGUUGCAGCAGGGACAUCCCGUUCGUGGUACAUAG